UUAAAGUUAGUGCAGAAAAACCAAAGUACCAGAAAUUUUGAUAACUGAAAAAAGAACACUGUUUUCUACAAGACUGUCCUGUUUUGUUCCUUGUAUCCCUCUUAUCCAUUGCAAUCCAACGGUUUCUUUGACCUUCCCUUUUUGUCCAAAGAACGACUUCUUUUACUUUACUUCCUAAUUUAUACUAGAUCUAUGCAGUUACCGCUUACUCACCUCUUUUCUAUCCUCCUCCUUCCUGGCUAAAUGUGUAGCAGAGAAAGAUUGUAAAUGGCAGCAGCGGAGGCAAGGGCAGCCUGGCAAAGAACAGCUAAUCGUUGCUUUGUCCAAGAAGAUGCCAAAAGAGCUCCCAAGUUAGCUUGCUGCCAAUCAUCAUCUUCCACUAAACAAGCCGAUUCCAACCCCAGUGGCGUGGCAGAUAAACAUAAUCACCCUGCAAUAGGUUUCAUGCCUCUCAACAGGAACCCUUCUUAUUCCAAUCUACCCCCUGAUACGAGGUGGUGGCUUCAGCUGCAACCUAACUAUGGUCCCCAAAUGGGUUUAACAAAUGAGCAGCUGAAUGCCUUGGAGGAUGAAGUGGAAAGCUUGAAAGCUGAAAUAAACUCCUCCAAAGUAAGUAGUGAUCUUCAGCAGGAUGCACAUGAUAGUUCCAUUACUGAUAGAAAAAAGAACAAUAGCUAUUCUCUUGAUUCAAAGGAAACAAUGGAAAGCUUUGAAUUUUUGGAGAUGGAAUCUGUUGAAUGCUGUGCUUCCAUGAAAACCAAUGACUUCUGUUCUGAACCAGAGUCUCCCUGGUCCGGGGGUGGGAAGGCUGAGCCAUGGUGGCGCACGACAGAUAAGGACGAGCUGACCUCCUUGGUUGCACAAAAGUCACUAGAUUUUAUUGAGAAUUGUGAUCUUCCCCCACCUCAGAAGGUGCAUGUGAGGGGGUACUCGCACGUGUGUUCUGGUUCUUUUGACAGUGGUGAAGUAUCAUCUUUGGCUUGGAAGUCCGAGACAGUUGCAAUUCGCAGUCCAAUGGUUAAUCAUGCACAGAUGUCUCCUGAUUCCGUAAGAAAACAUGGAAGACAGAUGUCUUCAGUUGGAGAAGGGAAGAUGCAAUGUGCUUCCAAUUCAUUGUCCAGUACAAGUACAACGGAAAAGGAUAUGUUAGAGCAAGUUACAGAGUCUGAUCCUACCAAGGCUCAGCUACUAGAAGCACUGUGUCACUCGCAAACACGUGCAAGGGAAGCUGAGAAAGCAGCACAGAAAGCCUAUGAAGAGAAGGAGCAUGUCAUCAAGCUUCUCUUCAAACAAGCCUCGCAACUCUUUGCCUAUAAACAAUGGUUCCAAAUGCUGCAGCUAGAACCCGUUUACCACCAGAUCAAGAAUAACGAGCAGCCUGUAGUCUUUCCAUGGACGCCCUACAAAAACCAGAAAUUUCGGAAGAGCUGGCUAAAGACUGGAAAAGAGAGACGAGGGAAGCGAGGCCAACUUAGACCUGACAUAACCAAGUAUGCUGUUGCUUUAGCCCUGGGGCUCAGUCUCGUUGGCGCUGGUUUGCUGUUGGGAUGGACAGUGGGGUGGAUGCUACCUUUCUAGACAACUAGAGAGUUCAACUAAUCCCCUCACUGUCGUAAAAAUUGUUUUGCGGCAAAAAGGAUGGUCGGAUACUUGGGAUUAUAUAUACUUUCCAUGCGUAUGUGAAGUUCUUUUCUACUUAUUUAACAUGUAUUAGGCCCUGUAUGUUGUAUGUAAGUAGUUUUUGUUUUCCGCUCUCUUGUAGUUGUUGUCAAGUUUGUAGGUCUUUGCUUCUUAGUAGUGUCUGUGUCUUCUGGGAACGUAAAUGAUGCGGUGGCUGUUGUAUAUAUAUUGGGUGAAAAUGUGCUGAGACAAAUGAGUUUCUCAAUAUAUUUAUCUUUGGUAAAA